ACCUUUAGCUGGACAAGCCGUACGGAUCAUAAUUCAAUGUUUUAUUUCAAACAGAACUGUGACUCCGCGAUAUCAGAAAUAAUCCCUUUAUCUUCCUAAAAAUCAGAGGAAAACACUUUACAUCAAAACUAAGAGUCAAUCUACCGAAUCUUUUUGUUCCCAACUGAGAUAAGUAAAAUGAAAGUUACAGGUAAGAAUUUGCAUUAUAUGUGAAUAUCGUGUUUAAAUGAUAUACUGAUAACGAUUCGUUUUCGUACCUUUUUAGUAUACAUAUAGGCGAUGAAAGUAUAUGUUCAACUUGUUAUGCUAUAGCUGACACGGGAACAACAUUUAUCCAUGGUCCUUCGAUUGAAAUACGCAAAAUUAAUAAAUUUAUUGGUUCUCAAUAUAAUUAUGACAGAGGGCUUUUAAAGAAAAUGUCAAAAAAUCUUCUCGUUGUUGCCGGCCUUGAACUUGGCGGCACUGGAUGUAAGGCUGCAAUAAGCGAUGAAAAUGGAGAAUUCAAUGAAAACGAUCUGUUUCAAAUUCCAACCACGACACCUGAUGAAACCCUUACAAAACUUCAUCAAUGGCUGUUAGCACGACAGAAAGAAAAGCAAUUUUUUGCGUUGGGAAUUGGCUCCUUUGGACCAGUUGAUCUAAACAGGAAAAGCAAAACCUACGGUUAUAUCACUAACACCCCAAAACCAAAUUGGCCACUCACAAAUGUCGUGGGUGUAUUCCGAGAUUUAGGUGUACCGAUUGCUUUUGAUACUGAUGUGAAUGCGCCAGCUCUACACGAAUCACGUUUAGCUGGACCGGAUAUUACAUCAGUGGCUUAUAUUACAGUUGGAACGGGCGGGCACUUGAAAACAUCCCAGUUUGACGGUGAUGACUACAAAGGCAACUGUCCAUUUCACGGAACGUGUGUCGAAGGAAUGAUCAAUGCCCAAUCAAUUGCUGAACGCCUUAAAAUUCCAGCGAGUCAACUAUCGGACGUACCCGAUUCAGAUCCAGUUUGGAAUAUACAAGCCUACUAUCUUGCUCAACUUUGCACAGCUAUUACCUACCUUACAUCAACACAAAGAAUUGUUAUUGGUGGUGGUCUAUCGAAACGACGUAUUUUAUUUAAAUUGGUACGAGAACAUGUUCUGAAAGCGUUAAAUAAUUAUAUUCAACUACCUCAAGUUAGUAAUGAGAAUAUUGAUUCUUACAUUGUUCCACCGCAACGUGGCGAUUACAUCGGAAUUAUUUCAGCUCUGGAGUUAGCACAAACAUUAUCGCAACAGUAG